AUGGAAUAUUCAACGCAUGUAUUUAUACAACAAACACCUAUAACAGAACAAAAUUUUGAAUUAAAACUUCAAGAUAUAUCGGAUCAAAUAACAACAAAUGGUUGUGUAUGUCCAAGUGUAUUUUCAUCAUUUACAAAUCUUGUUGUUCAACAAGCAGUAGUUUCAUCUCGACAUAUUGCUUUUUUACUUCAAGAUGGUCGAAUAUGUCGUGUAUCAUUUCGUGUUCAAGCUGAUAAAAUUGAACCAUUACCAACAGAAACAACAAAAAGUAAACCAAAACAUUUAACACCACAAACAACACGUCCUCAAACACGUCAACCAAUACAUCGUUUAAAUAAUUUUGAUCGUCCAAGUUUUGAAAAUCUUGUUUUAUCAUCACCAAAUCCAUCUAUAGCUGCACAUAAUGCUGCAGCUGCUGUUGCGAAUACAACAAAUACAAAUCCAAGUGGACAAGUCGAUUUAUUACCACAAUUACAAGCUGGUUAUCCAUUAAGUCGACAACGACAUCAUCUUAUUCGAACAGCACGAGGACGAACUGGUAUUAUAUUUGGUUCAAGACCUUUAAUUCCCGCAUCAAGUGUACCCGAAGAAUUAAUUGAACAAGUUCAAGUUGUACUUCAAGGAAAAUCAAGAAAUGUUAUUUUAAGAGAAUUACAAAGAACGAAUUUAGAUGUAAAUAUGGCUGUGAAUAAUUUAUUGGCACGUGAUGAUGAAGGUGAUGAAGAUCUUGAUGAUGAUUAUGUUGGAGCGGAUCUUAUUUCCUUACUUGAUGUUAAUCCACAUAAUGAACAUCCAGGAAUAAUACUUGAAUCGGAAUUUUUUGAUGAAGCUGAUUUUGCUUUAAGAUAUAGUAAUAUACAACGUCGAGUAGUUUCAGCUCGAAUUGGAAAUGUUGCAAGUAAUACAUCUGCACCAACAGUUGCAUCAUCCGCUUCAGCUGCUAUAAAUUCAACAUUAGGUGAUCAAUCGAAUGUUACGAAUUCAAGUUCAACAAAUCCUCCAUCAACAGCAAAUUCUUCUACAGUUGUAACAUCAUCGACAAAUUCAAAUCCAUCAUCAACAACAACAACAAAUCCUACUGAACGUGAUCGUAAACGAAAUCGUUAUGAUCCACGUUGGCUUGAUGGUUCAUUACGUGAAGAAUUAUUUGGUCGUAUUGAUCGUGAAUUAAAACCAGAUGAUUUAUCUAUAGUUAAAGAUAAUAAUAAUUCAUCAAAAACAUCAUCAAUUCGUAAAGAACAAAAUUCAUCAUCACAAACAAAUCCUCCAAUGUAUCAACCACAAAUAUCCGCACCUGCAUCAUUAUCAACUGCAAUACAAAAUCCAAUUAUAUUCGGUGAUCAAUUACAAUAUUGGACAGAUACAAAUUCGGAAAAUACAUAUCCUCGUUUUACACAUAUUGCUUGUCUUUAUUCUGAAUUAAUUGCUAUUAAUAUCAAUGGUCAAUUAUGUCAAUGGAAUUGGCAAGAUGAUUAUCCAUAUCAAGAUCCUGAUAAUUUACAUAUAAAACAUCCGAAAACACUUUUAUUACAAUUAUUAAAUGAAAAAAUUAUUCAUUUAUCAGCUAAUAUUAUUCGUGCAUCAGUUUUAACUGAAACAAAUCGUAUAGCAACAUGGAUUGAUGAAUCAUUAGGUUCACAAGUUAAUUUUAAAUUUCAACAUUCAAUUCAAGAACUUUCAACAACAAUUCCUUUACAUAUUAUUGAUAUACAAACAUCACCAUUAUUUACAAUAAUUCGUACUGAUACAAAUGAUUUGUAUUGGUAUGGUUUAUUACCGAAUAAACCGCGUAAAAAAUUACUUGAACGUUUAAAAGAAAAAACACGUAAAAAUCGUACAAAUAAUUCUACACAACAACAGCAACAGCAGCAACAACAACAAAUAAUAACAAUUGGUUCAUCAGUUUGUUUAAUAUCAAAUCCAUAUUAUAAUCAAGGUGCAUUAGCGUUUUAUGUACGUGAUGGACAACCAAAAUUAGGACAAUUAAUGGAACAAGCAUGGAUGCUGUCGAAUACAGCACGUUUUCGUAUAAAAAUUCCUGAAUUAACAUCAAAUAAAAAUAAAGAAGAUGAUAAAAGUUCAUUAGAAAUGCCACCUCCGCCAUCACCAGCAUCAUCAACAUGUAGUGUAGAUUCAAAUACAAGUUUUGCAUCAUCAUUAAAACGUAAAAAACAUAGUAAUAAUAAUAAUAAUAAUAAUACAGCAACAACCACGACAACGACAACGACAACAACAACACCAGCAACAACAAAUGCAAGUGGAAAUGGAUCAAAUCCAUUUCUUAUGACAAUAAAUGAUAGUGAUUCUAAUGAACAACAAUUACAACAACAUCAUAGUAAAAUCAAAGAUGAAGAAUAUUGGCCAUUGGAUGAAGUCGUAUUUAUUGAAGAUUGUAAAGUAGCACCAAUUGGAAAAGUUGUUAAAAUUGAUGGACCACUUGUACUUGUUAAAUUUCCAUCAAAAAAUACGAAUGAAAUAAACGAAACAAAUCUUGAUAUGAAUAAUCUGGAGAAUUGUAGAAUCCUACGAAAAGAUGAUUUACAAAUCGUAAAAGGAAAUACAAUACCGAAAACUCCUGAUUGUACUUUAUCAAUAAAUAAUGCGAAACGAAUUGCAUUAGAACAUGGAAAAUUAUUAACAUAUUCUGUUGAUAAAGAUUAUCUACAUACAUUACAAAUUCGUGAUUCAACUAUUUAUUAUAUAAUGUAUGAAGUUGGAAGUAAUAAUGGUUUAUGUCGUUCAAUUCGUCAAAAUAUUUUACCAUUAGUAAAUAAUCGUCAAUCAUUAUUAUCAUUUUUUGGUGGAAAUUUAAAUUCUAUAUGUUUAUCAACAUUAAAUUCAAUUGAUAUACCUCGUGUAUUAAUUGAUGGUAAUCGUUUAUUUUAUCCAUUUCUUUACAAUCAAGAUGGAACAAAUUUAAAAGAACCACAAUGGAAAAAUUUAUUAGGUAUUAAUUAUUUUUCUCAAGGAAUAGUUCCAUUAAAAAAUGCUGAUCAUUUAAAUAAAAAUCAUAUUAUAUUAAAUAUAAUGCAAAUACAAAAAGGUAUCUUAAUACCACAUAUACUUCGUUAUGAUAUUGAUAAAAUUCGUUCAAUAUUAAAUGAUAUUGAAAUAAACAAAAAUCGUGAUUUAUUAAAAUUAAUCUUAGAUGAACGUAUUGAUGGUUGUCGAAAUUUAUUUCAUGCAUGUGUUCAUAUUGCAACACCAAUGAAUAACAAAGAAUAUUCAAUAAAUGAUGAACAAAUUCAAAAUGAAACGAAUAAUAAUCUUAAACGUAUAUCAUUUGCUAUUGAUUUAUUACAUGCACAAGGUAAUACUGAUCAUAAUUAUGGAGAACGAACAACUACAUCAACAACAACAAAUACGAAUACAACAAAUAGCACAUGGUCAAAUGAAUCAUCAAAUGCUGAUGCACAACCACCCUCUUCGCCAACGAUGUUACCAGGAAGUGCAUCGAAUUUAUAUAGAAGUUUAUCAACGGGCACACCUUCGACAAAUCCAGGUUCAGUAUCUCCUUCAUAUAAUCCAACAAGUUUAUCAUCAAAAAUUCAACAAAUUCAAUAUCUACAAAAUCAAUUAUAUCAACAACAACAACAGCAGCAGCAGCAGCAGCAGCCAACACGUUCAUCUCGUGCAAAUUCAAAUGAUUUUUCUAUUUGGUCAUCAUGUAAAUAUGAUGAACGUGAAAAACGUAUUCGUUCAAUAAAAAUUCUUCGUUUAUUACUUGAUUAUCCAUUAUUUCAAGAACAUCUAUUAUCCUUACUUAGUUUUCGUAAUCUCGAAGGUCAAACACCAUUUAUGUCAGCUGUUAAUUCUCGUGCCUAUCAUAGUGCAUUAAUUUUAUUUGAAUAUGCAAUAAAAAUAUCUAAACGUGAAUCUUUAAAUGAUUCUCAAACAACAUCAUCAUCAUCAAUACAAUUUUAUCUUGAAUCAUCAUUAUCACCACCACCACCAUCAUCAUCAAUUUCAAAUGAUUCCAAACUACCACAAUCUGAUAAUCUUUUACUUCGAAUGAUUUAUCCGUUAACAUCAACAAAUUCCGAUUAUUCACCAUUAUAUACAAUAUGUACAAAUGAUACAUGUUCAUUUACAUGGACCGGUGAAGAACAUAUAAGUCAAGCUAUAUUUGAAUGUAAAACAUGUGGAUUAUCGGGUACAUUAUGUUGUUGUAGUGAAUGUGCUCAAACAUGUCAUAAAGGACAUGAUUGUCGUUUAAAACGUACAUCACCAACAGCCUAUUGUGAUUGUUGGGAAGUAUGUAAAUGUAAAUCAUUAAUAGCUGGUGAUCAACAAAAACGUUUAGAAUUAUUUAAAUUAUUAUUAAAUCAAACUAAUCUUGUACAAAUACAAAAUUCACGUUAUGAAAAUAUACUUUUAUAUUUAGUUCAAACUGUUGGAAGACAAAUUAUUGAACAACAACAAUUUCCUCGUACAUCAACAGCAGCUAUUUUACAACAACAAGCAAGAAAAUCGCGUGAACAACUAACAAAUUCAUCAUCAUCAACAAGUAGUGGAACAAAAAAAUUACAACAUCAAAAUUCAUCAUCAGGAUCAACAACAAAUAAUAAUAAUAAUUCUUCAACAAAUCAAAUUGAUUUAGAUACGAACAGUAAUAUUCCUGAUCAUCAUUUAGAACCACCACAAUUUUGUCGUCGUGCAUUGGAACUUAUUUUAGCUGAUUGGUUCGGAGUAAAAUCUAUGCUUUUAUGUGGAUGUCCUGAUGAUAUAGAUCCAACUAUAAUAAAUCCCAGAGAAAUAUCACCAAUACUUUCAACGUGUCCGCCAAUAAUGUCGACAUAUGAUAAUGAACAUUUAUUUUCAUUAGAUAAUCAACAACAAACAAGUCAAUUAGAUCGUUUUACUUAUUUUCUUCUUGCGAAAUGUAAUACAAUUAAACAAACAAAUUCUACAGCAUCAAAAAAUUCUUUUACAACAUCAAAUGAAUUAUUAGAUAUUCUAUUAAAUACAUUAAUACGUGAAAUGUCAAAUCCAAUACAUCGUGAUAUGGCUCGUUUUAUUACUGCACGUUUUGUGCGUAGUGUCAUACGUUUAUUUAUUAUUUUAAGUCUUGAAUCAGUGCCCGAUAAAUCAUCUUCAAUAUCAAAUCAACAAAUACCAUCGGGUACAACAAUAAAACGUAUAUCAGCAACAACAGUAACUGGUGCAACAAUAACAACAAGUUCAAAUUUAUCAUCAUCAUCAUCAUCAUCAACAACAAUUAAUGGUCCACAAGCAAUUUUAUAUCAAUGUAAACGUAUAUUUCAAAUAUUAACACUUAUAUCAAUAAAUGCGCUUGUUCAUACAGCUGAUUUAUUAUUAGCACCUGUACGUCAUGGUAUAGCUAAACCAACAGCUAUGUUUAAUCUUUUAUCAUCACAUACAGAUAUAUUACAAGGUCUUGAAGAAGUAUUUAAUAUUGAUUCGGAAUAUUAUCGUGCUUAUCAAGAAAAUAAAACAAAUAAUUUUCAACGUUCAACAACAGAUAAUACGUAUCAGAAUUUAGGUGAAUUAAAUGAAACAGAUUUAGAUGAUAAUCAAAAUUUAAUCAAUCCAAUAAAUUUAAAUCAAACAACAAUUGAAUUAAAUGAAGAUGAUGAUAAUAAUUCUGAUACACAAUCACAACAUGAAACAAUAAAUCCAAUAAAUAAUUUAAAUUUAAAUGAACAACAAACAACACGUGAAAGUGCGGGUGGUUUAAGUGAUAAUGAAAGUGAAAUGGAAUUAGAAUUACUUGCGGAAUCAGAUACAGAUAAUGAAAGUAAUCGUAGUGCACCAAAUACAAAUACACAUCGAACAUCAGCAACAGCUGGAAGUGAAAAUAUGGCUUUAUUUUCUGAUGAUGAAAAUUCCGAAUCCGAUGAUGCAGAUAGUGUUCGAAGUGAUAGUGUUUUAGGUGAAGGUGAUGAAACAAGUCAACCGGAACCAAUGAUUUUUGAUGAUGCUAGAGAUGCAUUAGCAGCAGCUGCAGCAUCAUCAACAACAACAUCAAAUCCUGCAACAAAUGCUUCAGCAACUUCAAAUACAGUGACAAAUGAUCGAUUAGUUUUAUUACCAGCAGGAAAUAAUCCAACUGGUUCAAAUACACAAACACCAAAUUCAACAACAGUAACAGCAACUAGUCAUCUUAAUGUACCAAGAUUAAAUGCUCGAACAACAAUGGCUAGUACAUUAUUUGGUGAUAGUCAUUCUCGACGUCAAAUAGCACCUGUAGCAACAACAUCAACAAGUUUAAAUCAUUCAACAUCAGUUCAACAGCAACAAUCUCAUGUUCAACAACAACAAUCUCAACCAACAAAUGUUAUUUCCGUUAAUACAACUAAUGCUUUACUAGCUCGAGCUUUUGGUAUUAUUAUUCGACAAAUAACUGAUUUACUUAUAAGAUGGCCAUCAAUAUUAUCAGCUUCAUCUUUGUAUAAUGAUAUGCCAACAACCGAUGAACAAAAUGCUCUUGAUACUAUACAGAAUGAAAUUGAGCAAUGUCUAUUUCCAACAUGGCAAUGGUUUGCAACUGUAAUGGAUUCAUUUGAAUCUCAAUUACGUUUCGGUAUGACAUUAAGUAAUUUAACACAUAAUGAAACUGAUACUACAUAUCAUGGAAAUCGUUUUCUUAAAAAUCUAAUUGAACGUGCACAAAUUGAAACAAAGAAAAAAUCAACAACAACAACAAAUCGUACUACUAAUAUACCAAUAAAUGAUAAACCUGUUAAUAAUCGUCUUGAUUUUCUUAAUUAUUCCUUAUCAUUAAUGCGUUCUAUUCAUGAGCAUGGUGAUCAAGAACCAUCACUUGAUGUUUUCUCUUAUAAACAUUUAGCUUAUUUACUUGAUGCAUUUAUUUAUUAUUUUCGUGAAAGUGGUUUUAAUGAAUCGAAUCAAAUAACAAAAAGUAAUUGGAGAGAAAUAACUGAAGAAGCAGCAGCGAUAAAUUCGUCGAAUGAAAAUUCAACAAAUGAAGAACUUAUAACAUCGAAUAAUUCAUUUUUUCAACGUUCAUCUUCGACCUUAUGUUUAAGUUCAUUAGGACCAGAUCCAUUUCAAAUAACAAUUGAUGAUUCAUUACCAUUGGCAUGUCGUCCACAAUUAUUACAACCAGUAUGUCGAAAAGAAGAAUUAUUUGGACGAUUUUUAUAUGAUCAAACCGCGGCAAGAUAUUCAAAUUUAUCAUCUCAACUUGGUUUAUCACAUCGUGAGCAAUCGAUACCAGAUUUUCUACAACCGAAUUAUUUAAAUUUAUUUAAUAAUAAUGAAGAAAAAAGUCAAACAAAAACAAGAGAUGAUGAUCGUAUGGCUGUUGAUGUUCUCCUUGAUUUAAGUGCUGGACUUAUUUCCUCUGAUAAAACAUCAUCAUCAAUCCGAAAAAGACAACAAACAUCACAUUCAAUUCUCUUGAAUGGUUCAUAUGAAUAUUUAUUAGCACGUUGGAGAUUUUCAAUGGAAUUAUUUGUCAAAUUAUUUUUGGAUGAUGUUGGAAAUGAACCUGGUUCAAUAAUCAAUGAAUCAAGUGGAUUUUCAGCACGAGAACAACGUUUUCGUCAUGAUAUGGAAAGACUUAAAAAUGCUCAUCAAAAAGAUAUUCGUUUUGAAGCGAUGGAACGUGAUCGAAUUUUAUUAAUUCAAAAAACAUUUCGAACAUUAAAUUCAUAUUUUUAUCGAAAUCAAAAUAUGAAUUCAUCAUCAUCUGUACCGCCAUUAGCUGUACAGAGAGUUAAAGUGACGUUUAAAGAUGAACCGGGAGAGGGAAGUGGAGUUGCAAGAAGUUUUUAUUCAUCAAUUGUUGAAGCAAUUUUAUCCGAAGAAAAAUUACCUGUACUUGAAUUGGGUACAUAUGGUGCUUCAUCCGCGGCUCAAUCAACAUCCAGUUCUCUAUCUUCAUCACAUGCACAACGACAACAACGUCCAUCACGUGAACGUCGUACAACACUAGCAACAUAUUUACGUAGUGAUCGACGUUCAUCAUCAAUGUUACUUUCAUCUGAAGCUCGGCCAUUUAAAUUUACAUUAUCAUCAACCGAUUCCUCAACACCAAUUAUAAAUUCUUCCGAAUCAAAUAUAAAUGAACAUUGGACACCAAGUAAAAUCAAAUUAGGUGUUAGUAUUUAUCCAAAAGUUGCUGCUAUACAACCAUUUCAUGCUGAAAAAAUAACUGGAAUGUUAUUAGAAGGUUUGCCAACACCACAAUUACAACGUAUUAUUAAUAUUGAAGAAGAUUUAAGAAUUAAAGUUGAAGAAGCUAUGAAUAUUUUAACAUCACAUAGUACACGUGAUACACAACAAAAUGAAUCAACAACCACGAAUCCAACAACAAAUGAACGUUUAUUAACAAAUAAAAAUUCUCUAUUUGAUAAACAACCGAAUGAAUAUGCGCCAUUAUUUUGGCAACCAGAUAAAAAAGGUGUUUAUGCUCCGAGACCAGGAAAAUAUACACCUGAACGUUUAACAGCUUAUAGAAAUGUUGGAAGAUUAAUUGGUUUAUGUCUAUUACAAAAUGAACUUUUUCCAUUACCCUUAUGUCGUCAUGUAAUAAAAUAUAUUUUAAAUCGACCCAUACGUUGGCAUGAUUUAGCAUUUUUUGAUUCAACUAUGUAUGAAAAUUUACGGCGAACUGCAUAUGACGCAGAAAAAAAUGGACCACAAUAUAUUCACGACCUUCAUUUAACGUUUUCAAUGACUGUGACAGAAAAAGAGGGAAGUGAAAUAUAUGAUCUUGUUCCUGAUGGUUCAUCCAAAGAUGUAACAUAUUCUAAUCUUUAUGAUUUUAUCAAACGCUAUGCGGAAUUUCGAAUGAUUAAUCUUAUUGAACAAUCUCUUCAACAUUUACGUUUGGGUGUGUUUGAUGUAUUACCAUCAACGUCACUUGAAUAUUUAAGUCCAGAAGAUUUUCGACUACUUUUAAAUGGUACAGGCAAUAUUAAUGUAUCAACAUUAAUGACAUAUACAACAUUUAAUGAUGAAAGUGGUGAAACUAGUGAACGUAUUAAUCAGUUUAAAAAAUGGUUUUGGUCUGUAUUAGAAAAAUUCAAUGCAGUAGAAAGACAAGAUUUAGUCUACUUUUGGACUGGUAGUCCAGCUUUACCCGCAUCGGAAGCUGGUUUUCAACCACAACCAUCAGUGACAAUACGUCCGGCUGAUGAUCAACAUUUGCCAACAGCAAAUACAUGUAUUAGUCGUUUAUAUGUUCCAUUAUAUUCAUCAAAAAAUAUCUUAAAAUUAAAACUUCAAUAUGCGAUAAAAACCAAAAUGUUCGGUUUUGUAUGA